AUGUCCCUCCAAUGCAGGAGCUUGGGUAAGAGCUUUGAGGUCAACUGGUGUUCCAUCCAUCAUUCCUUCCCCACUCGCGAGGCCCGCAUCUUGCACCAGUUGACGGCAAACGACAUCACCUCACAAAGUCCAGCCAGCUCUGGAAGCUUGACUGAACGCAAAUUCAACUUGCCGGCCAGGCAAAGCAGUUUCACCCUCGAGAGGCCCGUUACUCACCACCUUUCUCGUCGAGCUGUGUCCCCCGCGUCCGUCGUCAACGUCAUACCUCCUCGUCUGCCUGCCCUUGGUUCUGACAACGUCACCAUGUCUUCGCGCUAUGCCGUUGUGUCCCUACCCCUCGGUGUCUUCGAUUCGAACGACAAAGCUGAUGCCAUCUCGUCUCUCAGCGCUACCAUCUCGCCAGACAAUGGUAGCGUCAGCUCUUUCAGCAUUCCGGACUUCAAGAUUGGCACACUUGAUGCCCUAGUCCAGCAGGCAGACGACCUCACCAAGCUGGAGACGACAUGUCACGCAGUUGUCGCGAAGGUUGGCGAAUCGCUCCGAUCCGUCUUGAACAACGACGAAGAGCGCCUGGCUUCUUACAAAAUGGUCAACGAUAAGCCCACAGAACAGUACCUGCGUACCUUUACUUGGAACAAGAUCCGAUAUCGAAGUGAUAAAUCCCUCGGCGAGCUGAUAGAUAUUCUUCAAAAGGAACUGGUAACGGUAGACAACGACGUCAAAACCAAGUUCAACCAGCACAACGCCGUCAAGUCAAGUCUUGCUGCUUUGCAGCGGCGCCAAACUGGCAACUUGUCGACCAAGUCAUUGACUCCGAUAGUCAACCCGAAACUUUUAGUUCAAGAUUCCGAAUACAUCGAAACACAUCUCAUUGCCGUGCCAAACAACAAUAAGAAAGAAUUCAUCAAGUCAUACGAAACGCUCUCACCCAUGGUUGUACCGAGAUCGUCUGUUGAAGUUGACCAUGAUGACGAGUUUACUCUAUACGCCGUCGCUACGUUCAAGAAAUUUAGUGCAGAGUUUAUUCACAAAUGUCGAGAGCAGAAGUGGACUCCACGUCAAUACGCAUAUGUUGAAGGCGGGCGAGAAGAGGAGCAGCGCGAGCUGGACCGAGUCACCAAUGAGGAGCGCAAGGUUUGCGGGGAGGCUCUUCGCAUCGGCCGAACGGGAUGGAGCGAAAGUGUCAUGGUCUGGAUUCAUGUCUUAACCCUGCGAGUCUUUGUGGAGGCUGUAUUGCGGUACGGGUUGCCACUGGACUAUGUUACGGCUCUGGUGAAGACAACCCCGAAGCUGGCGCCCAAGGUCAAGUCAGCGCUCGACUCUAGCUACUCAUACCUGGGCGGCAACGCAUUCGGUCGCGACAAGCGUGGCAGGGUCACCAAAGAUGACGCAGCCAUGACCUCUGAGAUGGCGGCGGCAGGACUUGGAACCGGUGAGGGACAUGAGUACACAGCCUAUGUUUACUACGAAUUGGAAUUCCCGUAA